UAGUCUACGUCAAUUCAGUAGCUUCGAGCCUUCCGCGAGGGGCGGUUGUGCAGCCCGCCGUAUCGGAUACGGUCGAACACGAUACCGUUGUGACGAAAAGUUUUUGUAUGUAACAACAUCAUAAAAUGAUAAUGAUAGUAGUACGAGUAUAUAGAGUUAAAAAAAGAAAAUUGUGACCAAGUGAAAAUGCUAGCUUGUGUGUGUCAACCAACGGAGACAGCGUUAUUGUUUAAAGGAGGACCACCAAUAACUAUGGGGCCACUCGGAUCUGGUAGUAAAAUGCGCCAAACAACAGAUGUAAUGAAAACUAUUAGCAUAUUUCCUGAUUCUGAGCACAAAGUUAAUGAAGAAACCAAAGACAACUCGCCGUCUAUAACCCCUUUACCGAUUUAUGUGGAUUCAUCUGGUAAUUUAUUGAAUUUAAGAAAGAUUGAACGUAAAGCAAAGUCAACAAAAAUACUUGUCAAUCCGGUAUGUACGGACAGCGUGAGUGACGAUAGCAAUACAUCGAAACCGGCGAGUACAAAAUGGAAUGGUAAGAAAAAAAGACUCAAGAUAGCAUUUGUCAAAAAUGAAAACAAAGAUGAUCUUAAUUCUGAGCACAAAGAAAUUAGCCGCGACGAAGCUAGAGAGGAUAAAAAAUCAAUAUCGUGCUUUAAAAUCAAAAGCUGGGAAGAUAAAUCACGUACUAACGAAGACAGAAACUCGGCCCGAGAGAACUGUACGAAUGAAAAUGCGAGUAAUGCAAUGAGCACAGAAAAACCCGAUCUCAUUAGACAUUCUAGAAAAAACAGUAAAGACAAUUUAAUAGACGAAGGCACAAUGACGGAUGCAUCUCUGGAAGCAGGCCAGUUUUCCAGAAAGAUCGACACUGAGAACGAGUUGGGGGAAGGGGUGGAGCUGACGCUGGGCGAACUGCGGGCGAUGGCGCUCCGUCAGCAGCAGCAGAUCGACACCCAGCACCAGCUGCUCUGCGCCAAGGAGCAGCGGCUGCGGUACUUGAAGCAGCAGGAGGCGAGGCAACAUCAGGUGGCAGUGGAAGGCGAACGGUUGCGGAGGUUACGGGAAAGAGUCGAGGCGCAGGAGCAGAAGUUGCGGAGGCUACGAGCUCUGAGAGGACAACUUGAUAGAAACAAGCAGGCGAAUAUCGCUCUGACUAGCGACUUAGAGUCAAUACGAGCGCUAUUCAAUGAGAAAGAGAAGGAACUGUCCGUUGCUGUGGCGAAGGUGGAGGAGCUCACGAGGCAGCUGGAAGAGCUCAGAAGAGGGAGGGUGCAGCCCGCGCCGCCUUCUGCACAUGAGCUGGAUAAACUUAGAAGGGAACUUAUGUACCGGAAUAAGUUAAACGAGCAGCAAAAUGGAAGACUAUCGGCCCAACGGGCAGCCCUUGGUGCACGACAAGAAGAGAUGCGUAGCAUAGACCGGAGGGUGUCGGAGCUGCAGGCGAGGCUGUUGAGGAAACGAGCCUUGAACCGACAGCUAGCUGCCGCACAUCGACAACCGCAGCAAAGAACGAACAACCCAACGCCGAUGCAACAGCUGCCCAACUACCCAACCGGCAACAACGCACCGAACAGCCAACCAAAGAACCCACAGGCGCGCGGCAACGUGGCGGCCGUGGAGCCUUACAACCACGUCCCACACGCGCAAAGCCUUCAUAACACUAAUUUUCAAGCAAUGAAGCAAAAUGCUGUGCAAAAUAACGUGCCAUUAAAACAGUUGACGCAAAGCGAUAAUAUUCAAGGUCAUCUAAUACAACAAGAAGCCCAUUUUUUGCAACAGAAACAAAUGAUGAAUCCAUUGUACAAUGGUAAUUAUCCUCACAUUCCAGCGAAUGUACAAGAUCAGUACCAAGGGCAGUAUAAACACGAUGGAAAUGUAUUUAGUCAUGUACAACAAGGUAUAACAAACGCGUACGAUCAGAAGUCAAUGUUUGAUCAUAUGAAUAAAUAUUCCGAAUAUCCAAAACAACCUCAAUACAGCCCUAAUAGUACAAGCAGUUCUAAUAGUACUCAAACUGGUAAAGAACAGAAAAUAAAUGAACAGGAAUUUCCUCCAGAAUUUGUGGCAAGCAAAUCUGAUCCUAAAUAUCAAACUUUACCGUAUAAUACUAAAUUUCCAAAUGCUAAUGGUAAAUUAAAACAACCUGAAGUAAAUGGUAAAGGUGCAGAGCAAGAUUCAAAAAAUCCAAACGCAACGAAUGUGAACCACAUGACAGUUCAUUCUACGCCUCUCUCGGUUGUGAAUAAAAGUUUAGCGACACCUUUAAGUCAGAACGAAGUAGCAUAUCAACAGGAACAAACAUAUCAGCUCCAAAAAUCAGAUUCAUCUAGUAGAUGUAACCAAGAGGGCAAAGAAAACCAUGCAUAUCCACAAAAUUCUAGGUUAAGUCACAGUAAUAGUCAGAAUAAUGAAGGGUCUAGAAAUAGUGGGAAAAAUCAACAAAGUAGUGCCGUUAAAGGGAAUUCUCCGAGUUUACUAUCAAGUACAACAUCAGCUAGCAGUUCUAUAGGAUUUGGGAAACCCGUAUCGAGUGUAGCACCUACAUCGGUUCAGGUCUCGAGUGGCAAACCAUCACCCAUAUAUCAGACAUCUUCGACAAAAAUUCAACCAGUUCAACCACAAACUGUCCAGACACAAAGCAUAUCCGUUCCAAAUCAUGUCACCAGUAACACAGUAAAUUCCCAACCCCAGAUUGUUAGAAACACGGCAUCAGGGUUAUCAACAAGCACUGCGAGUUCCAACUUCAAUGGCCAAAACGCGUCAUCACAAAGCAUCUUAUUAUCCCCACCACAAAGCGCCAGUACUCCAUUAUCUACGCCAGAUGUAAGUGGAACUGACAAAUCGCCAAAACCAGCACUACCUCCUAAACCUACUAUCAAGACUCCACCAAGACAAUCAGCAAACCAUGAUGUUGGGUAUAAUCAACUGGAAACAAUAAAUAUGCCCACUAUAUCUAUACCUGAUUUAUCAAAUGAUAACGAAACGCAAAAUCUAAAAGAUUCAAGCAAUGGCAGCAACAAUAACGAUAUGAUAAUCAAAGCACGUCCCUUGACGAUUAGAAAACCUCCACUAAGCGAACAACCAAAGCUUAGAAAUGUGACCAACACCAAAAAUACUAUAAACGUCAGUAUGAACAGACGCAUAGAAAUGCCACCAGCGUUUUUGUUCCCUGAAAUGGAUCACUUAAAUCUUGAUUCUGUACCAAGUGAAUUGCAGAAUGGAUUAAAAGAGAAAACGAAGCCAAAAGAUGAAGUUGACAGAUCAUUAAAUAAUAACAUAUCAUUAAGUUCGAAUGAAAAACUGGAGGAUAGUAAAGACAAUGUUGUUUCUGAUAUAACGGAACAAAUUAGUUCUGUAGAUUUGGACGGUCAGGAUUCUCAGAGGUCUGAGAAUGUUCUGAGGCGAUCAAAGAAAGGCAAUCUGAAACAAGGUGGGAAGGCUCCGCUGGCAAGGCGAGUGAGCUUUGAUCCCCUCGCCUUGCUAUUAGACGCAAGUUUAGAGGGUGAAUUAGAGCUUGUAAAAAAGACAGCAACUCAGGUGCAAAAUGCAAGCGCUGCAAACGAUGAGGGUAUAACAGCACUACACAAUGCCAUUUGUGCCGGGCAUUUUGAAAUAGUCAAGUUUUUGGUGGAAUUAGGUUGCGAUGUGAACGCACAAGAUUCAGACGGCUGGACACCCCUGCAUUGCGCCGCCUCUUGCAACAAUCUACCGAUGGUGCGAUUUCUUGUCGAUAAUGGCGCUUGCAUAUUUGCUACUACACUGUCAGAUCAUGAAACUGCAGCAGAAAAAUGUGAAGAGGACGAGGAGGGUUUCGAUGGAUGUUCAGAAUACCUCUACAGUGUUCAAGAAAAAUUGGGCAUAAUGAACAACGGGUUGGUCUACGCUGUGUUCUCUUACACCGCCGCAAGAAGCGACGAGUUGUCGUUCGAGACGGGCGCGAGGCUACAAGUGCUGAGGAAAGGGGAUGACAACGAACGAGAGUGGUGGUGGUGUAGAGAUGACGUCGGAAAUGAGGGUUACGUGCCUAGGAACUUGCUGGGGUUAUAUCCAAGAGUAACCCCACAGCAAGAAUGAGGAUAUCAACAACUUACAACACUUUUCAAUUUGUAAAUAGAUUGGGUAAUUCUUAUUUUUUAUGUAUUUAUAUCACUGUAAUCUAUAGUCUAUUGUAUACAAUUUUAAAAUAUUUAAAAUAUUUUGUAAAUAUUUAAAUACCUAAGCUAAUAAAGUUCAAAACGAAUGAGAUUAUAUUGUACAUUUUAUAAAUAACCCAAGUCAUCAUUGUAAUUGGUAAUGAAUUUGUAUUAUUCUUAGGGUUUCUGAAAAUAUUGUGAAAUAUUAUUAUAAAUUGACAAUACAAAAUAAUAUUACAAACACAUUAA